AUGUCUAGUGUUUCCGAGAGGAAUUCACUGCUGGACACACUGAUUGCAGAGAUUGAGAAGAAACAUGACCAGCCAGAGGUUGAAUUCCUCAUGGAUGUUGGCAAAAUCCUGAGCAGCUGUGAGGCAGCCAGGGCCCCAAUCCCGGAGCCAGUUUCCCCGGAGCUGCAGAGGACCAUUAAGAGCCUCUCCAAGACGAGACAGCUGGUCCUGGACACAGUGGCCAAAUUCAAAGAAGAGGUGACAGUGGACCCAGAGACGGUGAGUCCAGACCUGACCCUCUCGCAGGACUGCAAGACCUUGCGGAUGGCAGACGAAGUGCAAAGCCUCCCCGACACCCCUGAGAGAUUCACAGGCAGCCCCAGCGCCCUGGGCUCCCGGGGCUUCACAUCUGGGAGGCACUACUGGGAGCUGGAGGUGGGGAAAGGGAACAGCUGGGCCGUGGGGGUGGCUCUGGAGUCUGUGCAGAGGAAGGAAUCGCUCAUCGUGGCCCUGAGGAAGAUCUGGGCCCUGCGGCUGGACUGGGAUGGCCAGUACACGGCAGUCCACAUGCCUAUUGCCCCACUGGCACUGAAGGAAGAGCCUCGGAGAAUCAGGGUUCACUUGGACUAUGAAGCAGGUCAAGUGACCUUCUACAAUGUGCAGAACAUGACGCAGAUCUUGCAGUUCAAGGCUUCCUUCACUGAGAAGGUCUUCCCGUAUUUUUGGCUCUGGUCACAGGAAACCUACAUCCAGCUGUGUGGCUGA